AUGACGGACGUCCCACUCGCAAGCACUUAUUGGACAUUUUCCGGUUUCAAUUGGGGUUAUAAAACGGUACCUCAAAAUCGUUCGUGUUUGGCCAUGUACGAACAAAAAUGUACUUGGCCACGUGGUAAAAUAAUGGGUGGUACGAGUGUAAUUAAUUUUUUGGUAUACACAAGAGGUCAUCCGAAAGAUUACGACGAUUGGGAAAGAUUGGGUAAUACAGGAUGGGGAUGGAAUGAUGUUUACCCUUAUUUUAAAAAACUCGAAAAAGUCGAAAUACCGGAAUUGAUAAAUUCAACUUUCAGAGGACACAGCGGAAAUUUGAAUAUAAAUCAUCCACCGUGGAGAACACCUUUGGGAAAAUUAUUUUUAGAAUCCGGUCGCGAAAUGGGUUUCGAUAUAACCGAUCCAAACGGUGAAAAACAAAUCGGGUUUUCGCACAUACAAACAACAAUGAAAAAAGGAAGAAGAGUCAGUUCGUCAAAAGCUUACAUAAGGCCAAUAAGGUACAGGCCUAAUUUACACGUUGCGAAAGAAGCAAGAGUCACUAAAAUUCUUAUAAAUCCUCAAACGAAAACUGCCACAGGUGUGGAAUUCGUAAGACAACGUAAAAUAUAUAAAAUCAAAGCUCGAAAAGAAGUUAUUUUAUCAGCUGGUACCCUCAACACUCCCCAAUUACUUAUGCUCUCGGGAAUAGGUCCACAGGAUCACUUAACACAACUACGGAUACCUGUAAUUAAGAAUCUUCCGGUCGGAGAAAAUCUUCAAGAUCACGUUUCCUUCGGGACUUUGGUAUUUCUCAUAAACGAUACCGUGUCUCUAGUGGAAAAAAGAUUAUCUACUAAUCCGGCAAACGUUUUUGAUUAUCUUCUACAUAACACGGGUCCAUUGACGUCACCAGGAGGUGCAGAAGGUGUUGCCUUUGUCGACACAUCAUCCGCCGAACAAGACGCGGAAUAUGUCGGAAAAGGAGGAAAUGCGGCCGAUAUUGAAAUAGUUAUGGGUGCGGGUUCUUUAACCGGUGACACGGGAGGUGCAUUAAGGAAAAGUUUCGGGCUCAGGGAUGAUAUUUUCCAAAGCAUGUACGGUAAAGUUUUCGGAAGGGAUGGUUUUUCACUCGUGCCAAUUUUAUUGAAACCUAAAAGCGUUGGAAGAUUAAGACUCAAAUCGAAAAAUCCAUUUCAUUGGCCAUUAUUUUAUCCGAAUUAUUACGACGUGGAAGAAGAUGUCGAAACUAUGGUUCGGGGUAUAAAAAUGGCUAUUAAAAUAGGAGAAUCGGAAAGUUUUAAAAAAUACAACGCAUCCCUUUAUCCAGGAAAAUUUCCAAAUUGUAGCCAUUUUGAUUUUGGUAGCGACGAUUAUUGGAGAUGCGCAGUACGACAAAGUUCUACGAAUCUUCAUCAUCAAAUAGGAACGUGUAAAAUGGGACCGGAAAACGAUCCGACAUCCGUUGUUGAUCCCGAAUUAAAAGUUUUAGGGAUUCAAAGGCUAAGAAUUGUCGAUUGUUCUAUAAUUCCCACGAUACCCAGAGGUCAUACGAAUGCUAUUGCUAUUAUGAUUGGUGAAAAAGCAUCGGACAUGAUAAAAAAAACUUGGCUAUCGUAA